CUAGCAGCCUCUCACACUCUCUAGUCUCUACGAAUUGCAGACCAGCACUAGUGGGCAGUUCGUCUCUCUCUCUCCUUCUCCCUCUCCCUCUCGUUUCCUCUCUCCCUUCCCCGCCGGCGGCACGGAGCAACACUAGUGGCGGUGGACGGCGCAGAUCGGCGUAGUAGGCAGCGACGACGGCGGUAUGACUCCUGCGGCGUAGCAGCUCCGUGGACCUCCAUCUCUUCCCUCCUCUUCUCCUUCUCGCCAACAGCAGACGGGCAGCAAUAGAUGGACGUCGGCCUCCUCUGUUUCUGGCGACCUUAGCAACGACGAGUAGAUCCCAGGCAGCAACAGAUCGACGCCGGCCUCCUCUAUUUCCAGCGACCUUGGUGAGCAACCGGCCUCCUCUUAAAUGGUGGUUGAGAUUAGAAAAGGCAGCAAGUAUGAGCUUGACAAAGCAAGUGGCCUUAUAAAAGAACAUGUGCUGCCUGGUACAUUUCUUCGUGCUCGUGCAAUUAGAUUGAUGCCUAUGAUUGAUCAAGGUGAAAGGGAUGACAAGAAUAUAGCUGUGUGCGCUAAUGAUCCUGAGUUUUGCCAUUACAGCGACGAGUUGAUGGUUUCCAUUUUCAUUCAAUUCCAUUUGCAUCAUUUAUUGGAUUUGCAAGACUUCCAAAAUCAACAAAAAAUGCUAAUUUUAGACUUUUGUUAUGUAAUUGCAGUUUUAUUUUAUAUUAUCGUUUAUAUAUUAUUGUAUUAAA